UGCCAAAUUCUCACCCGAAAUCCAUCACUCACGGGAGGAUCGGCGGCAUCUUCUAGAUUUGUCAUCAUCCUCGCCCCAGCGCUACUUAAGAAAAUUUCUGCCUUCAUCCUAUGCACCGUGCCUUCUUAUACUGUGCCUAACAUUCUUAUUACCCGCACCAGGUCCUGCUAGUUGUUGUGUCUAUUUGCCUGUAGCAAUUCUGUCCUCCAGAGUCUGAAGCAAUGGCGGCGACCAUGAGCAUUUCCGCUGCGGGAGUGGCCACGGGACUGGGUGCCAAUGUGGAGCUCAAGAGCAAUGUCGGGUCCAGCUCGAGCUCGGUGGCGGGGGUCCGCCUGUUCACCUCGCGCAAGGCGCAGCUCAGGCGCUGUGCCGCGCCGGCCACCAGCGCGUCGCUGUACUCCGAUGCCAAUUACGACCUGAACAACUACAAGUUCGCCCCCAUCAAGGAGUCCAUUGUGGCCCGCGAGAUGACCCGGCGCUACAUGACCGACAUGAUCACCCACGCCGACACCGACGUGGUGGUGGUGGGUGCUGGGUCCGCGGGGCUGUCGUGCGCGUACGAGCUGUCCAAGAACCCCAACGUGAAGGUGGCCAUCGUGGAGCAGUCGGUGUCGCCUGGAGGAGGCGCGUGGUUAGGCGGGCAAUUGUUCUCGGCCAUGAUCGUACGCAAGCCGGCGCACCGGUUCCUGGACGAGAUCGAGGUGCCGUACGAGGAGAUGGAGAACUACGUGGUGAUCAAGCACGCGGCGCUGUUCACGUCCACGAUCAUGAGCAAGCUGCUGGCGCGGCCGAACGUGAAGCUGUUCAACGCGGUGGCGGCGGAGGAUCUGAUCAUCCGGGGCGACCGGGUGUCGGGCGUGGUGACGAACUGGGCGCUGGUGGCGCAGAACCACAACACACAGUCGUGCAUGGACCCGAACGUGAUGGAGGCGAAGGUGGUGGUGUCGUCGUGCGGGCACGACGGGCCAUUCGGGGCGACCGGGGUGAAGCGGCUGCGGAGCAUCGGGAUGAUCGAGAGCGUGCCGGGGAUGAAGUGCCUGGACAUGAACGCGGCGGAGGACGCGAUUGUGAAGCACACGCGGGAGGUGGUGCCAGGGAUGAUCGUGACGGGCAUGGAGGUGGCGGAGAUCGACGGGUCGCCGAGAAUGGGACCCACAUUCGGAGCGAUGAUGAUAUCCGGGCAGAAGGCGGCUCACUUGGCGCUGAAGGCUUUGGGGCUUCCCAACGAACUGGACGGAAACUACAAACCUAAUGUUCACCCUGAAUUGGUUCUUGCAUCCACUGACGAUGAGACGGCAUCAGCUUAAAUAUCUUUUCAGCAGAAAGUUGAUUCGAAUUUGUUCUGUAUCGAUGUACAUAGCAUUACCGGAGUUCAGUAAUUGUUCUUAGGUGUGUACAGGACAAGUAACAUUUCUGCUGAUUAAUAAUUUCAAGUUGGGUGUUAGUCGUGGGUUGGGUUGGUUGAUCGGAUAAUAGUGGGUGGAGGUAUCACAGUGUUGUUUACUCUAUUUAGGUGACCUUUGAUAGUCUGUACCCUUUUUUGUUUCCUCGUAAUGAAGACCUGUGUUUCGUAUCUAAUACUUUUGGCGCCGGGGGUGCUUGCAUCUAGCAGGCUGAGAGAGUCCCUUAAAACCUGAUCAGGGUAAUACCUGCGAAGGGAGUGUGCCGGUAAAUUUUUUGUGCAGGUAUUUUGAGAUCGCAUCAUGCAGCCGAUGAGGAGCACAAUGGAUACUGGAUUCUGAAAAUUUUUUGAUGCGGUUGUUCCACUGUAUUGAUUUUGUUGGUAUGCAUGUUGUGUGUCGUGUUUCCCAUGUUCGAUCCUUGCCCCCUGCAGGAAUGAUGAUACUCGCUGUUGAUGCGUUCACUGUCGGCUUUCUCAACCUCUCUGUUGAAGGCAGAUUUAAGGGGAUAGCCUUGUGGUAGGAAUUGUCUUGUACGCCAUGCCAUCAGCUGAGAGGGUACCUUGCUGCUUUCUUACACUAACUCGUUGUGUGUUGAAAUGUGUUACUCUUCAUCUUGAUUUCCAGCCUAAACAGUCUCAUGUUGAACAGUUGGCUUGUCUUGGAACUUGUAUAGCUUAGGAUCAUAGAACAUGACGAGUAUGGGCCUAUUGUACCAUUUCGAGCGACGCAUAUUAAUGAGACUUGAUCUAUUCAAGCAGUUCUGAUA